AGGAGGAUGAUGUGCACAGAAGGGAAGGGACAUAAUUUUGCAAAGCCGCCUCUCCGUUCGCUUCAUUAAACGGAGUGCCUCGUUUUAUGGAUUGCGCGAAUAUCCGUAGCUCCGGCGACCACCGGCUAUUACCGUACUCGAAGCUCCGUUUUUAAAAUAGGAAUAACUAGAAAAAUUGCUUUCUCUCCGCUGAAUGGCUCGUUUCGCAUGUGAAUUAUGUAUGGCGUCUACGUCUCCGUUGGCGACAAGACCAUUAACUUUGUAAAAUGGCUCGUUAAAAUAGCGGCUGGGAGCUUAGCCGACAUCCUGGGAAACGAGGAUAUAGGAAGCACGGAGAGAGAAAGAGAGAGAGAGAGAGAGGGGCGCAACGAGCUAUUUACCGCUUGCAAGCUGCGUAUUAUUGGACGUGCUAUAUCGACGAGCUUGCAAUAUACGCGCAGUGCGCUCUCUCCGGCCGCACGGAGAGGACGCAGGCGAUACGCAAAAUACGAGAGGGCGAGAGGGCCCGGUCGGCGGCCCUUUAAAGAGACGAGAUACCGCGCGCCGACGAGAGGUGAGGAUCCUUCCGCGGGGAACGCGCGCGCCGCUCGCCGCUCGCUUUGACGUCGCGCGACUCCAUCGCAGUGCAUCCUGUAAAACCCUGUAAAUAGAUCCCGUAGGCCUUUAGAUGAACUUAGAGGUAGCCAAUUAGUCAGUGCUGAGACGCAGAGACUAGUUUGCCAGAGUAGAAUCGGGGGGGGGGAGGGGGAAAAUUGCUAAAUGCAAUAGAAUGCGCAUCUUAGAAACCCCGAGCGAGAGUUUUCCUACGGCUCGCUGGCCGGCAAGCAGUGGUGUCGAUUGACUAAUUGCCGUAGUACAAUGUACGCGAGAUUGCGCGCAUUCCAUUGUUCGGCCACAUUGUUCGCUCGCGAGCAGGCACGUAGACCGCUUUAUCGACACCUCGCGUGCUCCGCAAUAACGUAAUUUCACGACGGGACUGAUCUGGCAAUUUUCUUUCCUUCGGGUUGUCUCGAUCGAUCGCGACGUCGCGAGAUCGCACCGCGCCACCGGCCGGGGUGGCGUGUGUUUCUCGUUGAUCGAACGAAUCGUCGGAAAGACAAAAAUAGAGAGAGAGAGAGAGAGAGAGAAAGAGAAAAAGAUGGAGAACGAAAAGGAAAGAAAAAAAAACGCGAAACAAAGAGUGGGCUCGCGGGGAGGCAGACUAGCGAGAUUGACUGAGCCAAAGGGUUGUCUUUCCGGUGUUGCAGGAUGCACGCGGUUGGAUUGCACUCGGCGCUGGCCAUCAAGCGUCAGCGAAUGCGCCGGGACGAGCAGCGUCGCGCGCGCGAACGUCGUUAUAGCGCGCAAUCGGGCGAAAGCGGCCUGACGUCGCCUAGGGCCUCGACCGGAUCGCUGGACCACCACGGCAGGCAUCACAAGGGCACGCAUGGCGGGGGGCGAGGGGCCGGCCAGGGCAUGCUGGACACGAAGGUGGUCACCUCGAUCGGGAUGCUGCACAUCGGCGUGGUGUUCCUGGUGCUGGGCGCCUUCCUGCUGAUGAGCGGCCUGCUGCCGGGCGACCUCGCCCACUUUGGCACCAAGGCAACCGGCGGCUGGUGGAACGAGCUGGUCGCGGUCGGGCUGUUCGCCAUCUUCGUCGGCGUGUUCCUCAUCGUCCUGAAUCGCGUCAUCGCGAAGAAGGAGGAGGACGAUCUCGAGGAUUACGUGCAACGCCAGCUCACCAGGUCGCGCUCCGGCCAUCGACUCGAGCGGGACGUGGAGACCGGCGGGCUGACCACCCGCCACGCCAGACGGGCGAAGCAGAUGAGGCAGGUGUCGUCGGACACUUGCCUCGAGAUUAAGGACAACGGCAAGAUAGACGGCAGUGCCGGCAGCGGCAGCGGCAGCGGCGGCUCGCCGCCGCGGAGCCCGCCGCCGGCGUACACGCCGCAAGCCGCGAUCAACGGUGACAAUCAGUCGGCGGUCCAGUCGGCGCUCUACUUGGAGCAGAUCACCGAGGAGGAGAUCAUCAGCGACCGUGUCGAGACCUCGACCACCAACAGCCUCAGCCCGGGCUCGCCCAGCGAGACCCGGGAACUGCUGCAGAACGCGCGCUACUCCAAGCAGAACGGCAAUCCGCAGCAGGUUCACCGGCCGCUUUACAUCUCCAAGAUCUAGACGGUUUUUCCCUCACCGGGCUCGAGAGAGAACGACGGGACGGCGGACGACGCGUACGCGCGACAAAGUCCGCUUUUUAUCCAGCAUUUUUACAUCAGCGUCUUCCGACCGCACUAUACUUGGGAGUGAAAUUCCGCAGCCGACCACGUAUACUCCCACGUAUCUCCUGAAUCUCCUGGAUUACGACGGACGAUGAAAUUGCGAGGAGACGCAACGCCAAGAGGCGACGCCGCGAGUCGGGAAGACGAAACGCCCGCGCGGAUCAAGCGGCGACUUUUGCGCGACGUAACGCGGCCUGUACUCGGUGUUCGCGAGAGCGGAAACCUCGCGUCGCGAUGCCCGAGCGUUUCUUCCGGGGGAGGCGAAACUCGCGGGGCGCGUUUGAGAAGCGAAACUUUCGAUAAUCAUACACACAUAAUCACAAACACACACGUACAACACGCUCGACGGACGAGGUAGGAAGUCGAAGAAUCGAAUUCAAGGACCAAGAACACUAUCCGUGGAGAUUAUAUAGAAAGAGGCACAACUUUGCGAAACGACUUUGCUGUUAAAACGCAUUCUAUACAUAUAUAUAUAUAUAUUGGGAAGUACUCGAUAAAUAAUCCGUUGAAAUAAUCGUUUCUACUUAAAAAGAAAAUCUAUUAGGCGUAUAAGGGACGGCGCGUAUUACGGUAAUCCUCUAUGCACUUUUCACUUGUUCUGCGCAAGUUCGAUCCUCUCAUCCCCUAGUUGUUUCUAAACAUCGAGACUUUUAAAGAAACAUAUAUACAGGGUGUUAUGUAACACCCGCCUCACCUCUUAUUUACGGAUGGAGCGGACUACACUGACAACGAGUCGAAAAGUCCUCUACCAUUUUGCAACUUUCGCAAUAGUUAACGCGUUA